GGAGCAGAACUGGAAAGCUGUGAUGUUAAUACCAUGUUGCUGGUACAUUUCUUUGGAAAAGAAGGAAAGGAAAAACUUCGCUAUUCUGAGUUUUUCAGAUUCAUGGAAAAUCUGCAAACAGAAGUCCAAGAAAUGGAAUUCAUAAAGUUUUCAAAGGGUUUGAAUGUCAUGAGAAAAGAAGACUUCGCAGAAUGGUUACUGUACUUCACCGAUGAGGAAAACAAUGAAAUUUACUGGCAGAAUGUGAAGGACAGAAUUGAGGCAGGAGAGAAUAUCAGUUUGGAAGAAUUCAAGACUUUUUGCAAGUUUACAAACAACCUGGAAGACUUUUCUAUUGCCAUGCAGAUGUUUACUGUAGCCAAUCGUCCUGUUAAACGGGCUGAGUUCAAGAGAGCAGUGAAGGUGGCAACAGGACAGGAGCUCUCAGAUAAUGUUUUGGAUACCAUCUUCAAGAUAUUUGAUCUGGAUGGAGAUGACUGCCUCAGCCACAGCGAGUUUCUUGGAGUCCUGAGGAACCGAAUUCAUCGAGGCUUGAGGGUACCACAACAGCAAGGCAUUCAAGGUUACUGGAAGUGUGUGAAAAGAGAAAGCAUUAAAGGAGCCAAAGAAGUGUGGAAGCAAACUGGGAAAAGUCCUUUUUAA